AUGGAAUACCUUCCUAGUCUUCAACAAGAGUUCGACGAGCACAAGCCGUCACUCUUUGAACUCCUCGCUGAACAACAACUAUCUGAUCUUCUCCCACCAUCUAUACGUUAUCUUCUUGCAGUCGCGACACACCGCCACCCACGCUAUCUCCUCCGUAUCCUCAAUUCAUAUGACGAAGUCUACGCCCUCAUCUCCUUAAUAGUCGAACGUUACUACCUCCGAACAUUCGGCGGAUCAUUUACCGAGAAUUUCUAUUCUCUCAAACGCGAGCGCGUUCUCCGUACCAAGAAUGGCGAGAUUCCGCGCGCCCAGGUCGGCGCCGCUGGCCCCGUCCGCGACGCCCUUAAACUGAACUCCACGGACAUCUGGAAGAACCUGCUCGUCAUGGUCGGCAUCCCCUACAUAAAGCGCAGACUGGAUGAGGGAUAUGACAUCCAUGCCGCGCCGCAUGCCUCUCUCGUCAUGGGCGACGGCCCCCGAUAUAAUCCCAGCGAUGACCUGCCCGCCAACCCGUCGGUGCGCCAACGUCUCCUACAUUACUACAAGUGGUUCCUGCGCAAUGUCUACCCGUCUGUGAACGCAGCAUACUACUUCUCCGUCCUGGCGUUUAAUCUGGCCUACCUUUUCGAUAACACGAAGUACUCCUCGCCAUUCUUGUGGCUUAUCGGUACGCGCAUUCGCAGACUUGGUGCCGCAGAUCACCGCGCGAUAGCUGCGGUCCUAGACCCUAAACCCGGGCCUGGCGCCGGAAGAUCCCAACGACCAGGAAGCGGCUUGCUGGGCAUCUUGAGCCCGCAGAACCUCCACACACAGCUCCUCACAUCACUGCGGUACUUCCUCCCGGCUUCGAUCUUCGCUCUGAAGUUCCUGGAAUGGUGGCACGCAAGUGAUUUCUCACGCCAACUUGCCCGUAAGGCAACAGAGGUGCUGGAUCUCCCAGCACCCGUUGUGGCGGGUCUCACCUCCCCUGCGGAACGACGGAAAUCGUCGAUCCAGGAUGAGAAAGAGAAGACCAAGAAGCAGGAGCAAGAGAAGAAGAGCGCUGAACUCAAGCCAGCGCUCAAAUCUUCCCGUCGCCAUCAGCCUCCUAUCUCUGCGACUUCUUACCUUCCUAUCUACACUGUAUCUCUGCCACCGGCUGAUUCUUCAAGCGCGAACACGUGCCCUGUCUGCAUGGGCCCGCUCGCUAAUCCGACUGCCUGUCAGACUGGAUAUGUAUUCUGCUACGUUUGCAUUUUCCAUUGGCUGAACGGUGAGCACCAGCGCCAGUUGGACUUCAUGGGUGGUGAGGGCGCUGGCGCUCCAUGGGAAGAGGAGAUUACUGGUGAGGAUGAGGAGAAGGGCGACGAGGACGAUGACAAGGGUCUCCGGAAGCGUUCUGGAAAGUGGGAGAGUGGGAAAGGUAGAUGUCCCGUGACAGGCAGGAGAGUGCUUGGUGGCACUGAUGGAUUGAGGAGGGUUUUGAUCUGA